AUGCUGCUACUUGCUUUCAAUAUUGCCGUUUUCUUUGCAAAGCUGGCCUUUGCAAAGAAACAGCCUGAUGAUCUCACCACUGGCCCAACCACACCGGCUCAUAUACUUGUUGGGUUUCCCAAGCACAUAUCUGUCGCCAAUAGGGUGCAAGGUUUCCCAUUCUCGAUUGACAAGGAAGUUGCUGGCAUACCUUCGUGGAUGACUCUUAGCUAUCCAAACUUGCUUUAUGCUGUUGACGAGUCGUCAAAUGCCCUUACACUCUUCGAAAUCAACCUCGUAAGUAAUGAGAUUACAGCAAAAAGUUCAAAAGAAGGUAGCUCCGGCGUCGUCCAUUUACAGUUUAAUACUGAUAAUACCCGACUUGUCGGCUGUGCAUACGGUAAUGGUACCAUUGACAUCUGGAACACUACAAACGGCAGUCUAGGACUUGUCAAAACCAUUCCCUCACCAGGGCAGCCAGGUCCUGAUAAAGAACGACAAGCAAGCCCUCACCCCCACCAGGCAAACCUUGAUCCAACUGGCCGCUUCUUCAUCAUUAAUGAUCUUGGUACAGACUCUAUAGUGGUUCUUGACUCCAAUGAUGAUGCUUUUCAGAUAGUGAAUAUCAUUCACAUCUCGCCCCAGGGUUGCGGCCCUCGACAUGGCGUUUUCUAUCCCCAAGGAGCAUUCAGAGCGACCCAUUAUAUUCUUGUCUGCGAGAUCAGUAACAAGGUCCUUGUCUAUACGGUAUCAUACCGCGAGAACUACCUUGAUUUCACACAAAUCCAAAGUACUUCGACAUUUGGUCCUGGAUUACCACCCGCCAACUCAUCCAGUGCUGCUGCUGGGGCAAUCGUGUUAGCGGCAGAUAAUAGGCAUCUGUACGUUUCUAAUCGACAAACAGGGAACUCUACGGACUCCGUUUCCCAUUUCCAGAUUGAUCACUCAAACUCUACCUUCCUUUCACUCCAGUUUGUAGGCUCUGCUUCUACAUAUGGGAUUUCCCCGCGUAUGAUGAGCUUCAGCCAUGAGGAUCGAUACCUGCUCAUCGCCAACCAAGCUGGAGGUUUUGGUCUCGUGGCUCUUGAACGGCGGUUGGAUGGCACACUCGAGGCAGAGAAUCCCAUUUCUGUGUUGGGAGCACCCGACUUUACACCCCAGUUUAUCCAGCAGAUCACUUAA